AUGGGCUACGUGGUGCACGUCGCCAAGGAGAUGGGCCUGCCGGCGUACCUCUUCUUCACGCACAGCGGCUGCGGCUUCGUGGCGUACCUCAACUUUGAUCAGCUCGUCAAGAGAGGCUACGUGCCUUUCAAAGAUGAGACGUGCUUCACCAACGGGUACCUGGACACCCCGGUGGCUUGGAUCUCCGGCAUGCUGCCCGGCGCCCGCCUCCGCGACUUCCCGACGUUCAUCCGCACCACGGACCCCGACGACACCAUGCUGACCAUCAUCAUCAAGCAGUGCGAGCUCGACUCCCCGGUCGCCGACGGCAUCCUCCUCAACACCUUCGACGACCUGGAGCGCCGUUCCCUCGACGCCAUCCGGGCCCGCCUCCCCAACACCUUCACCGUGGGCCCGCUCGGCCCGGAGGUCUCCCCGCCGUCGUACCUGCCCUCUCUGACCUCGAGCCUGUGGAGGGACGACGACCGGUGCGCGGCGUGGCUGGACGGGCACGCCGACGAGGAGGGCUCCGUGGUGUACGUGAACUUCGGGAGCAUCACGGUGGUGACGGGCGAGCAGAUGGACGAGUUCGCGUGGGGGCUGGCUGCCGCGGGGUGCCCGUUCCUGUGGGUGGUCCGGCCGGACACGGUGCGCGACGCCGGCGGGUGGGCGCUCCCGGAGGGGUUCGCGGAGGCGGUGGCCGGGCACGGGCUCACGGUGGGGUGGUGCGACCAGGAGGCCGUGCUGGAGCACCGCACCACGGGCGGGUUCCUCAGCCACUGCGGGUGGAACUCCACGCUGGAGAGCCUCCGCGCCGGGGUGCCGCUGCUGUGCUGGCCCUUCUUCUCGGAGCAGGUGACCAACUGCCGGUACGCGUGCGACGAGUGGGGGGUGGGCCUGGAGAUGCCGCGCGAGGCGGGGCGCCGCGAGGUGGAGGCGGCCGUCAGGGAGCUGAUGGGCGCCCAGGGGAGGGGCGCCGCGGCCAGGAGGAGGGCCGCGGAGUGGAAGGAGAAGGCCAGGGCGGCCGUCGCGACGGGCGGGUCGUCGCGCGUCAACCUCGACAGGUUCAUCCAAGAGAUCGCGCGCGCCAAGUGCUGA